CAUUAUCGGUUUUGUGUUCUUGCAUUUAUCGGUAAUUUCCAGCUUUUUAAUGCCUCUCAUGCCGGUUUGGGUUGAAAGUUUUGAUCGGUAGGCCUAAUCAUCAAGAAGCUUUGGUACACGCCACAUUGUUACUAAAAUCAGAAGACUACAAUAAGGUUCAAGGUUUACAAUUUAUGCAAUGCAGGAUUUGUUGAGCACAUCCCUAAUUUACACCAAGAGCGUGUAAUUAGGGUUGUUUUUGUUUUAGAAAUGUUGCAAAUACAUGUACAUGUAAUUAGAAAUGCACAUUUGAAAUCCUCCUGGCCAGGAAACUGGAAAUCCUAAAAAUCCGUGCUUGCCUUGUUUGUAAACAAAACUGAAAUUCGAAGAAAAACGCUUCCGCGUUGAUAAACAAGGACGUCAUGGACUGGUUUUCUCUCCGUUUGGCAGAGUUUCGUGAAAGGAGAAGGCGCCGUGCCAUUGAUGAAAGAAUACGACAUGAAAAGAAUUCCAUGGACUCGGAGAAUGUGACCAGACAGAAUUUUAUUCUACUGGGUUUCCCACAAUCGGGUAAGAGCACUUUCCUCAAGCAGCUGCGCAUCCUGCAUGGAGGCGGCUACACAGAGUCUCAGAGGAGGGAAAUGAGAACAAGGAUCUAUCAGAUGAUGGUGGCUGUCAUGAAAUUGCUGGUUGAGGAGCUGGUCAAGUCAUCUGUCAGCUUUUCAGAUCCUGUCAAUGAGCAUCACAGGUUAAGUCUUGAUGAGAUUACAGUGUCGUCUGUGACUGGGUACCAUCAAAGUUUUAUGGACAUUUUGAUCUCACUUUGGAAUGAUGAUGCUAUUAAGAAAAGUUUCCAAAGACAAAGUAUGCUCCUACCAACAUCAACUAAAUAUUUCUUCGACAACUUGUCUAGGAUCUCCGGUGCUGAUUACGUCCCCACAGAGCAUGACGUCCUUAUGCUGGCCACACCCACCACUAGUGUCGAGGAGCAUGUCUUUGAAAUUGACACUAAGCGCUACAGAAUGACUGAACCUGGUGGUCAAAGGCCACUGAGUACGAAUUGGUUUCAGCUGUUUGCUGAUGUCAACUGUAUGUUGUAUUUUGUGGACUUGAGUGGUUUUGAUCAGCCUUGUCCUUGGAGCGAUCAUGAGAACGCUCUUGAAGGAGCCAGGGCAUUGUUCGCAACGGUCAGUGGUUCGAGAUGGUUUUGCCACUGUACUCAUCUUGUCAUGUUUAGUAGACAGGACGUCAUGAAGGAAAAACUGUUGAACGAUUUCUCCUCCUUCCAGAAGUGCUUUCCUGACUACACUGGGCCCUCGGAUGACUGCCAGGAAGUGUUUUGUUUUAUCCAGAUGAUGUUUAUCAAAGCGGAUGCCAGCGAGACUAGUGAUGUGCACUGUGUCUUUGUCAACUUGACAGAUACCCACAACACACGCUUUGUUUUUCAAAUAGUUCAGGACAUCCUGCGAAGGCCUACAAGAUGUAAUUGUUGUGAUCUCCUGUGAGAUGUUACGUUCCUGCAAGAUGUCUGCAUAAGCUACACUGACCUCCACGACAGUGCUGGAUGUGACUUUGCCGUGACCAAUCUCUAAACCCUAAAGUGUUACACUUGUUUAGAGAAAGCCAGGCAGUCUGACUGCAGACAAAAUUCGGAAGCUUGCGAUGUACUGCUCUCAGGCCAUUCAUCUACACUCCAAGGCUGAAGAUAUACAGAAGGCCAUACUUGCUUCCCUGCACCACAGUUUUCUACUCAUGAUUUUUCCCUCCAGCAUUAGUAUUGCUUCCUCCCCCACCCCCCCACUG